AUGGCUUCCACGGAGCUUGACAGUACCACCACGCCCGGAGGGGAGGCGGAUGCCGGAUUCACGCCGCCGCAGACCACCGCGAGCGAAGAGACCAAUCUGAAACUCGUGUACAACCUGUCUGUCAUUGACCAAUCGGUCAGCCGAAAAUACGUUCGUCGAAUGUUCAUCUUCGAUUUCCCGGACACAUCCGAAGACAAGGUCGAGGCGGCUUCGGGCGCGAUUCGCCAAGGACUUGAGGUCGCACUCAAGCACUACCCAUUCCUGACAGGCAAGGUUGGCCCAGCCCGUGACCCCAAGCGCAACCUCGUCCAGCUCCGCUACGGCGACACCGAUGAGCUCCGCUCUGUCACGCCCGAUAUAUUCAAGAUCCGUGUCCACCCAGAGGACCUUACCUUCGGCGGAUACGAAGAGCUAUGCCGAAGGGGAAUGCCAGUGUCGCACUGGGCCAUGGAAAAUUUCUGCGCAUCCCCCCAGGGCCCGGGACUGCUGCCGGAGUGGAAGCCUGCGUUCACGUUGCAAGCCAACUUCUUGGAGGAAGGGGCCUUGGUGCUAUGUGUGGCAUUCCAGCAUUCUGUCGCCGAUGGGACGUCCAUUGGGCUCUUUGUAGACAAGUUCGCUGCUGGUAUCCGAGGAGAUAUAACCGUGGACAAUGUUGGAGAAUAUUCAGGAGCCAACCUCGAGUCAAUCACUGAGAAUGCCCCCAAACGUAAAGUGGUGGACUGCUUUCCCGAGUGGAACUUCGACGAGAGACAGAAGCUGCCACAUCGACACCAAUGGGAUAGCUACGUGAUCACCAUGUCGGCGCAGAUGAUUUCUGAGCUCAAACAUCGAGUGAACUAUUGUGUCCGCAGAAGGACUCUGUCUUCAGCAUGGGUCUCGACCAUCGACUGCAUCAGCGCGCUUAUGUGGGUAUAUAUCUCUCGCGCCAGAUUGGUGAGCUUCAAAAAGAAGACAGACGCGACCGUUUUUACUACCGCAGUCAGCAUCCGCGAUCGACUAGGGAACACGGUCGAACCCACUCAGUUCGGCAACCUGUUCAGCACCGUCGCCGUUGAGAAGUUCAUCCAGGAAGUGGUUCCCAGAGCGCAAUCUGCAUCAGCGAAGGCGGAGAAGCCGCUCCUGUGCAAUGCAUCGCUCCUUGAAAUUGCGAGUUGCGCGAUGGACAUUCGUGAAGGGAUUUCAGACGUCACCAAAGCCUAUACUGUGCCGCGUUUGAGAAAGCUUGCGCAGCUCGAAGAUCCCACGAAAGCAUCGACUGCGGCUGCCCGCGCCUGCCUGCCAACCAAAACCGGGGUGAAGCUGGGUUCUCUCGUCGAUUUCGGCGCAGAUACCAACUUCGGCAUCCCGGGAACCGCUGGGGAUGGUCGACCUCGCUUCUGCCGAAAGCCGUGGAUGAUGGACGGUGGAAUGGUGAACAUCCUCCCUCGCCGCGGUGGCACCCAUGGCGAUGCUCCCUGGGAGAUCUUGGUCUGCUUGCCAGCGCAUACGAUUGAAAAGCUUGUCCACAACGACGCAUUGGGUCCUUUCAUCGACUCGUACGUACAGGACAAGGACCCGAGAAUCUCCUAUCGUCGCCCGGCCGAGAUCCCAGGGCGACCACGUCUACCAAACAUUGAUGGCUGGUAA